AUGGCCGUGGAUCUUGUGGAUGGUGCUGGCUGGAUUAGUGACGAGUCCGACUUCUACGGGCACGAAGCGCUGCGCAAGAAGUUGCGAAAGAAGGCUGAGCGAAAGCUUGCAACUUCAGUUAUCCCAUCCCUGACGCCUGUACGCAAGGUGGAAACGCCUCCUAAGGUGCAAAAACCGGCUGUCAGCGAACCACCAGCUGCAGAGAAGAUCAAGCACGACAGCCACCAUGACGAAAUACCCUUUCAAGCUCAGGACCUUCGCCCAGCAGAAACUUCACGGGAUGUUGCAAUGGAGGGCGAUGACAUGCAAGUCGAGGCGGAAGUCUCCAGCGACCGCUUCUACGGCGAACCAUCCGCAUGGCAGCAGCGCGAGACGAUCACCGAGUUCAUGAGACGCGCUCCGGUCACUGAUCCUGAGACGGCUAUGUUGGGCCCAUGGCUCUGGGUUAGAAACCCGAUCAUGAAGCCCAAAUGGCAGAAGCAGGCUGAUGUGGAUGCCUUUGUUGAGACCGGCAUUCCUCUACUUCAAGGUCUUCUGAAACAGAGAACGAAAAUGGAGACCACAUACUCAUCCGUGGGACCAGCUACCAUCACCCGAAAGAUGGGACCGUAUCGAGACCAACUCGAAAACAAUCUCCUUGCCUUGGCCGUGAAGACAGGCACAACGUGCGGGAAGUGGAUGUUGUUCCCUUCGAACGAAGAAUACCCUCGUUUCUGGCGGGUCAUAGCGGAAGCAACUGCAGAGAGCAGACUCGGGCCGACGUCCAAGGCUGCGACACAUACUCCAGUCGAUCCAUUAAACCUCAUCUGUGUCUACACGUACGACUUCACCGACGCCGACGACGUUAAGAGAGUGCUCGAGGAACUCAUCGAGCUUGGUGUGUGCUUCCGUGACGGCAAACCCAUCUACUACAAGUGUGAUGCGUAUACGUACCUUGACAUCAAGUCGAACAACGAAUACAAGCUGAGGGCCAGCAUGUACAACAGCAAAGACUUGCUCCAGAACACCGCAAAGCCAAAGAAGGAGGGUCCGAUCGAUCGUUCGCAAAAGCAGAUUACGACAGCGGACAUUCCCUGGAUGUUCUGA